CUACCAGCGCUUCUUUCAUGAGCCGCAGAGCUAAGAAGCCAGGCUCUACAGCAUGUUACUAAGGCUAUUCUAGACAGAUCACUGUGGUCAGGCUGGCUACCCUUCGAGCUGUCCGAUGUACCAGGAGGCCGCAGACUCUGUUGUUCAGGGCCUCAGCAAACCGUGCCCAUCCAGUACCAGCCCAACCCAAGCAGCCUCUGCCGUGCGGACCGCUAAGAGACAGAGCCUCUCUGAUCACACACUUGGCAAAGACCUGCAGAGCACGAGGACAGGGCAAAGGCAAAACAGAGGGAUGAGGACUCGCCUGGGCUGUCUGUCUCACAAAUCGGACUCAUGCAGCGACUUCACGGCUAUCCUUCCGGACAAACCCAACCGGGCUUUGAAAAGAUUAUCAACAGAAGAAGCUACAAGAUGGGCAGACUCUUUUGAUGUCCUCCUGUCCCAUAAAUAUGGAGUGGCUGCAUUUCGUGCCUUCCUGAAGACAGAGUUCAGUGAGGAAAAUCUGGAAUUCUGGCUGGCCUGCGAGGAGUUUAAAAAGACACGGUCAACCGCCAAGCUGGCUUCCAAGGCCCAGAGAAUUUUUGAAGAAUAUAUUGAUGUGCAAGCACCCCGAGAGGUGAACAUAGACUUCCAGACCCGGGAGCUGACAAGAAGGAACAUACAAGAGCCUUCGCCGUCUUGCUUUGACCAUGCCCAGGGGAAAGUUCACAGCCUCAUGGAAAAGGACUCUUACCCCAGGUUCCUGAGGUCCAAAAUUUACACAGACCUGCUGUCUCAAACCCAGAGGAGGCUCAGCUAGAGCAGGAAAGGGGGUUCCUCCUAAAGACCACGAGCUUCCCGCACCAGCCAAAUCCAUUCCCAUAUGUGAACUUCAAUUCAUUGGUGUUACAAUGGCAGUAGAAUGAGAGGGGAAACGGGAGAAGCGUGGGGAGAAUGGGCUGUGUGCCUGUGUGAAG